AGUUACUCAAUGCAACUUUUGACGCUCAUCAUGGGUCAUCCGGAAAAAACCGCUCUAUGUUUUAAACAUAGGGGUCAGGUUACGUACAUCCGACACUCCCUUACCCCGCAAUGGGCAAGAGCCUUUGAGGCACUGGGGUAAUGUUGUUAUUGUAGAUACAUUUUGAGGCAUACCCUGCUGUGUACCACAGUUAUCAAGGCGUCGCCUAGGCGUCUGGGCGAGGAUCUGCGACCUCCACUGCCUCUUCCUAUCUCUCUAUCAUUUAGACUAGUGGACUAGGUCAAAUAACUGGGCUAGAUUCAUUAAUAGACUAUUGGACCUUUACACAGGAGUAUAAGGCCCAAAAUUUAAUAGGCCUUUUAAAAGCACACUUUAUUGGAGUAGGCUUUUAUAUAUAUAUAUAUAUAUAUAUAUAUAUAUAUAUAUAUAUAUAUAUAUAUAUUAGUGUUCAUUUUAAUUAAUUAUUUCAUACUAUAUGCUUUAACAUUAGUACCUAUAAAAUUAUUAUGGUCGCCAUAGCCUACUCGCCCAGCGGACGCCUAGGUGGGCGCCUAAUCGCCUAGGCGACUGGAAGGUGCUCUAGCGCCCAGCCUCGCCUAGUCGCCGUAACAACUAUGCUGUGUACCAAGACUCUUCUGGCUGGUAACCUCUCAAAAACUCUUCCCCCUCAGGCUGGUGCCUCAUGUGGCUAGAGACAAUCCCAGGGGUGGUGGUUUGGAGUCUAAUGGGUCUUCCUUCCAUUUCUUAAAAUGGGAUCAACUGCUCCAGUUUUUUCCGGUUUCUUCCAUCAUUCGACUCUGUUUUUCUAAUCCAAAAGAACAUGUUGUAACUGGUUAUUAUUGUUGGUUUGUUAGAAAUUGUGGAAUCAGUGCUUGGCAUCCGAUUGAUCCCACAUUCCUGUGCUAGUGAUGCAUUUACUAGAUGUUUUUCGGUCUUUCAUGGGAUAACUAGUCUAUUGUAGUAGGGGAUGUCUUCUCUCUAAUAUCCUUAAAUCUGCUUAUGACCGUGAAUUGCUUGUUUUUUCAUACACUUUUUACAGAAACAGAGACAUUAUUUUGGGGAGACAUUUUUCUGCAUGGACAGAUGACCUAAAAUAUCUUGUGCAAUGUAGGGUUCUAAAAGUAAUUAAGGCUACAUUUCGUUCAACUUAUUUUUUUUUGCUUAUUACAUAUUCUUAUUAGAACAGAUCUGAUCCAUUCUGAUCAGACUAGACUUUAAAAAAAUCAUAUCAGAACCAAUCAUAUUAGACGAACGGAACGAAGCCUAAACCCCUUGUCUGUAUACUUGUAAGUUGUGCAUGUCGUACUAGGACUCUAUGACUAACUGACUUACGUCUAAUGUUAGAGAGGUACAAUGAUUUUAAGACUAACUGGUUUGUGAGACACUGUUGAGUUAGUGCUCUGUUUUCGGCUGAUCUCACUAAGAGAGAUACAAGAAGGAUGCUUUCAUGUGGUCUAAGGAAGAAGCAUCCUUCAAAAAGACACAAGCCCUCAUUUCUGUGCCAAUUAUGCAUUUACCAGAUUUGCCUUGGCCCUUCAUAGGAAUAACUAGUCUAUUAUAGUGUGGAAUUUCAUUUCUCUAAUAAGCUUAAAUCUACUUAUGACCGUGAAUUUCUUGUUUUGGUAUUGGCUUUACAGAAAUUGAAACAUUAUUUGUUGCGGAGAUAUUAUUUUACUAGGGAAAAUUACCUAAGAUUUCUUAUGGAAUGUAGGGUUCUGAUCUACGAGCAAACUAAUUAAACCUCUUCGGGGUGUACUUGUAGGUUGUAAGUUGCAUGUCGUACUAGGACUCUGUGACUAACUGGGCUACCUCUAAUGUGAGAGAGGUGAAAGUAUUUUAAGACUAACUGGUUAUUUUGGCUGGUUUCUCAGAAACUAUGGAAUUAGUUACAAGAAGGAUGCUUUCAUGUGACCUGAAGAAGAAGCAUUCAUCCGACAGAAACAAUUCCUCAUUACUGUGCCAGUUAUGCACUUACCAGAGUUUCCUCGACCUUUCACACGAACAACUAGUCUAUUAUAGUAGGGGAUUUCUUUUCUCUAAUAGGCUUAAAUCUGCUUAUGACCACGAAUUGCUUGCUUUAGUAUUGGCUUUACGGAAACAUUAUUUGUCGGGGAGACAUUUUUUUUGUUCGGGCAGAUGUCCUAAUUUUUUUAUGGAACAUAGGUUCUCACCUACAAGAAACAGUUACAACUAUCUGACAUCUUCCCUUUAAUAUCACUAUUUCUUAUCGUGGUGGGAAAGAAAAUCAAGGAGCUAAUGCCAUGUCUUGUCCGCCCCUGCCUGCUGACUGUUCGCUUUGGCUAUAAUACCAUUUAGCCUUGAUUUAUCUGACCUACAGGUGCUCUUGCAGUUGAUUUUUAUAUCAAUGAGAUUUUUACUUUGGCAUCUGACCCUCUGAGUCUCGCCCAGAUUCUCUAUGGCUGGAUCAUUUACUUUAUUUCAUUAUCGUUUGGUUAUCCUAGAUUAUAAACUUUUGGAGCAAAAGCUGCUUUAAGAAGCUCAUAAUACCCCAGUUGCAGGUCAUAGUGGUUUUUUAAACACACUCCAGCAAGACAUUUGUCUCUUCUCAUAAGAUUUUAUUCACUCAUUUUAUUUGUCUGGAUUAAGGCAAGAAAUACAUCACCAGGUUCUAAAUUGUUUACAAUUCUUUCUAAGCAGUUUUUUGCACGAACUGUUGAGCCAAACUCAACUCGUGGUGAGCACAUAUCAUACCCAUAGAAAAAUGGCCUAACUCAAUUGGUUGCCCAAGGAUUGCCAACCAUGCUGAUUCUAAAUGCUGUAUGUGUGGGAUGAUUCGAUUUAUACUUCGCUUAUUGUUACAAACAAGGCCGCGGAGCUUUUGUUUGGAAACAUCAAAGCCGAGGAAGUAUACCUAAGCUAUCAAAGGCAAAAGCUCUGCAAAACUCUUGAUGAUGCAGCUUCUCUUAAUUCAAAUAGUGCAAGUCUGGAGACUGCUAAGCCUCAUUCAUUCGGCAAUGAUAACUGCAUGGGACAUGAAGUUAAUGUGAAACCAAACUGGUACUUGAUUUGGCUAAUCCUGUUAAAGACUCUACUGCAGAAAGAGAAGAACAGUCCGUUGAAGUUUAUGGUUUCAGUAGAUCCCAAUAGAGAUUGGGAAGGUGGCAAAUUUGAGAUGGUUUCUGUCGUAUUACCAUAUUCCAAUUAAACGCAAAUUAUUAGUUUCAACUGGAUGUACCUAUCUUUGAGUACAUCAUGUACCAAAGAAGUUGUGAUCAAUCGCGAUGAAGAGACCAGCAAAAACCCAUGAGGACCUGCGAUGAAGAGAAGGGAGGGAGAGUGACCUGACCCUAGGCGAUGGCAGCUCAUAUGCAGCAAAUGACUCACUGGGCAACAACUUCCGUGCGUGGAACCGUACCUAACAUUUGCAGCGGCACGGUUAUGGUCGGCUUCUUGCAGCAUUUCCGGUAGUAUUUUGUAGUUUGUACCCAUGCAUGAAAUGAGUAUUAUGUUACUCUUUUUUUGAAAAAGUAUUAUGUUGCUCUUCCGUAUGUUGUAUAACUUUAAUGAAUAUUUUGUGGCUUU